UGUCUCGCGAGAAGUACAGCAAAGUAGGGGAGUAGGGGGGGCUUAGGAGAGCUCCCGGGCUGCUCCAGCUGCUCAUCGCACACCCGAGGUGGACCUCUCCCUCCGGAGGGGCGAACAUGGCGAGAGACAAGCUCAAGCCCCCCAUUAUUCUCUUGGCCCUUUCCUUACACCUCGUGAAGCCCUGCGCUGCUGCGGAAGACCAGAAGCCGUCCAUCAUCCCCACAGAUAAAUUAUUAGUCAUAACUGUAGCAACCAAAGAAACCGAUGGAUAUCAUCGAUUUAUGCAAGCAGCCAAGUACUUCAAUUAUACUGUGAAGGUCCUUGGUAAAGGGGAAGAAUGGAGAGGUGGAGACAAGGCAAACAGUAUUGGUGGAGGUCAGAAAGUGAGAUUACUAAAAGAAGCCAUGGGAAGUUAUGCUGACCAAGAAGAUUUGGUUGUAUUCUUUACUCAAUGCUAUGAUGUCAUCUUUGCUGGAGGCCCUGAAGAGCUAUUGAAGAAGUUCCAAAAGCUCAACCACAAAGUGGUAUUUUCAGCAGAUGGAAUAUUAUGGCCAGAUAAAAGGCUAGCAGACAAGUAUCCCAUGGUCCACAUUGGAAAACGCUUCCUAAACUCAGGAGGAUUUGUUGGCUAUGCACCCUACAUAAACCGCAUUGUACAGCAAUGGGACCUUCAAGAUAAUGAUGAUGACCAACUUUUUUACACUAAAAUUUAUAUUGACCCACUAAAAAGGGAAGCUCUUAAUAUUACAUUGGAUCACAAGUGCAGAAUUUUUCAGACGCUCAAUGGAGCUAUCGAUGAAGUUCUUUGACAUUUGAAAUGGAAAAGCUAGAGCAAAAAUACUUUUUGAACAUUACCAGUGGUAAUUAACGGAAAUGGCCCCAACUAAAUUCAACUAAACUAUUUUGGAAAUUAUAUCCCUAAUGCUUGGACACAGGAAAAUGGAUGUAUUCUUUGUGAUUUGGAUGUCAUUGACCUCUCAACUUUAGAAGACUAUCCAAGGGUGACAGUUGGUAUUUUCAUUGAGCAGCCAACUCCUUUCCUACCUCGAUUUCUAGACCUGUUGUUGACACUGGAUUACCCCAAAGAAGCUCAAUUCUUCAUUCAUAACAGUGAGGUCUAUCAUGAAAAAGCCAUCAGAUUUUGGGAAAAAGCUAAAGAUGUGAUCAAGAAUAUAAAAAAUUGUUGGUCCAGAGGAAAAUCUAAGUCAGCAGAAGCCAGAAAUAUGGGGAUGGAUCUCUGUCGUCAAGAUGACAAGUGUGAUUAUUACCUUAGCCUUGAUGCAGAUGUUGUUCUGACCAAUCCAAAGACUUUGAAGAUAUUGAUAGAGCAAAACAGGAAAAUCAUUGCCCCUCUUGUAACUCGGCAUGGAAAGCUGUGGUCCAACUUCUGGGGAGCACUAAGUCCUGAUGGAUAUUAUGCUCGAUCAGAAGAUUAUGUAGACAUUGUGCAAGGCGGCAGAGUAGGGGUAUGGAAUAUCCCAUACAUGGCUAAUGUGUACUUGAUUAAAGGGCAGACUCUCCGAUCCGAGAUGAAUGAAAGGAACUAUUUUGUCCGUGAUAAAUUGGACCCUGAUAUGGCCCUUUGCCGAAAUGCAAGGGAAAUGACUAUACAAAGGGAAAAAGACUCCCCUACUCCGGAAACAUUCCAAAUGCUCAGCCCCCCAAAGGGUGUGUUCAUGUACAUUUCUAACAGACAUGAGUUUGGAAGGCUAUUAUCCACUGCUAAUUACAAUACUUCCCAUUAUAAUAAUGACCUGUGGCAGAUUUUUGAAAAUCCUGUGGACUGGAAGGAAAAAUAUAUAAACCCUAACUAUUCCAAGAUCUUCACGGAAAAUUUAGUGGAGCAGCCUUGCCCAGAUGUCUUUUGGUUCCCCAUAUUUUCUGAAAAAGCCUGUGAUGAAUUGGUUGAAGAAAUGGAACACUAUGGACAGUGGUCUGGGGGAAAACACCAUGAUAGCCGUAUAUCUGGUGGUUAUGAAAAUGUCCCAACUGAUGAUAUCCACAUGAAGCAAGUUGGAUUGGAAAAUGAAUGGCUUCAUUUUAUCAGAGAAUUUAUUGCACCAGUUACACUGAAAGUCUUUGCUGGCUACUAUACAAAGGGAUUUGCAUUGCUGAAUUUUGUUGUUAAAUAUUCUCCUGACCGACAGCGUUCCCUCAGACCCCAUCAUGACUCAUCUACUUUUACAAUCAAUAUUGCUCUCAACAGCGUGGGAGAAGACUUUCAGGGAGGUGGCUGCAAAUUUCUAAGGUACAAUUGCUCUAUUGAAUCACCCAGAAAAGGCUGGAGCUUCAUGCAUCCUGGAAGACUUACUCAUUUACACGAAGGACUUCCUGUUACAAAUGGAACAAGAUACAUUGCAGUGUCAUUUAUUGAUCCAUAAAUUAUUUUCCUCCCAUCAAA